AUGGAGGAAGCCGACGAGGAUGACAUGACCUGCGGAGACUUGGGAAACGGGCUUGGGAGAAGACCUGGGGGUGUUUAUGGAGAGGAAAAAUUACAAAACUCGUCUUCGCUGAGGCCUAGAAAGGGAUCGGGCAAGGUUUGCAGUUCGGUCUGGCCGGCCGGGAGAGGGGAGGAAGGUGAUGCUGCAGCCCCUCCGGCUUCAGGAGGCAGCGGCGCUGGCGGGGGGUCCGGCAGAAAGCCCUUCGCGGGCUGCACCCGGCGGAGCAGCUGCGACUCUAAUACUGAAGUGUCAAAUGAAGAACUAAAGCAACAACUACAGGAAGCUCUAGAGGAGGUUGAAAUUUUGAAAGUUGAGCUUGAAGCAUCUCAAAGACAGCUUGAAGGAAAAGAUGAAGCCCUUCGAAUUCUGCAGAGCAUGGCAGUAUUUAAUAAAGCCACUAGUCAUACGAAAGCAAUGCUCCAAAAAACUGAGGAAGAAAAGAGAACGUUAGAAAAGGAAAUAAAUAUUUUGCAAUGGGAAAUUGAAUUUGAUCAGGAUAGAUUUAAAAACAUAGAAGACACGUGGACAGAAAAAUAUGACAGGAUAUAUUGUGAAAAUGCUGCUCUUAAGGAAGCACUGAAACUGAGAACAGAAGAAGUUAAAACUCUUAAAGCUGAAAAUGCAAUCCUGAAUCAGCAGUGCUUGGAAUUUCUUGCACUGCUGGAUGUGGAACAACAGAAGGUGGUUCAGGAAAACAUGUCUUUGAAUAAAAGUGACAUUACAGAUUUCACAGGUCUUGAACUGGCAGUUCUUGGAGCCUGCACCUGCAAUACUUCUGGGGGGCAACCUUGCCCCUGUGCUAAAAUGGCAGCUGUAACUCGAAAGCAACUUCUUCAUCUCAAGCAGGAGAUUGAAAAUCUGAAGAAGAGUAAAGAUGAAGCUUAUGUAAUGGCAGAUGCCUUCAGAAUUGCAUUUGAGCAGCAGCUAAUGCAGAGGAAGGACCAAGCCCUGAGGCUUGCAGAAGUGAUAAAGAUUAAGAAGGAAACAAAAUUUAUGAACUGGAGACGGCUGAAAGAUGAUGGGCACGUCAAUCUACACAGGAGCAAAACCAGGCUGGGACAGAAACUAUCCAGGCUGCUCUCAUCAGAUGUGGACGGCAGGAGAGUUGAAGAGCUAGACAAUCCUCACGAAAUCCUGAAGAUACUGAUAGAUUUGGUGAAUGACAAAGAGGAGGCUCUGGCUCACCAAAGAAAGGUGAGUUACAUGCUGGCUCGCGCGAUGGAGAGGCAGGAGGCUGUUCGGGGACAGGAUAACGGGAAUGGCACUCUGCACAGCCGUCCACGCAAAGCCCAGGGCUCAGCGGGCCCCUCAGAUGCCCGCCGCCAAAACCUGGGCUCCCAGCACGCCGCUCCUCCGGCGCCCGCCGCAAAAACGCUGGAAAACGCGGCGAAAACGCUUCGAAAAUCGCACUCCUGGCCCGCAGGGACCCGGCCCUGCCAGGGCGGUAACCCACGCGCAACCGCAGAGCAAACGGUCGUCAUCUCUAGAUCCCGUGGGAACGUCCUGAGAGCAUCCCCUGGGAAGGGCCUGAGCGCAUCCCCUGGGAAGGGCCUGAGAGCAUCCCCUGGGAACGGCCUGAGCACAUCCCCUGGGAACGGCCUGAUCCCAUCCCCUGGGAACGGCCUGAUCCCAUCCCCUGGGAACGGCCUGAUCCCAUCCCCUGGGAAGGGCCUGAGCACAUCCCCUGGGAACGGCCUGAUCCCAUCCCCUGGGAACGGCCUGAGCACAUCCCCUGGGAACGGCCUGAUCCCAUCCCCUGGGAAGGGCCUGAGCACAUCCCCUGGGAAGGGCCUGAGCAUUCCCUGGGAACGGCCUGAGCGCAUCCCCUGGGAACGGCCUGAGAGCAUCCCCUGGGAACGGCCUGAGAGCAUCCCCUGGGAACGGCCUGAGAGCAUCCCGUGGGAACGGCCUGAGAGCAUCCCCUGGGAACGGCCUGAGCGCAUCCCCUGGGAACGGCCUGAGCAUCCCCUGGAAACGGCCUGA